AUGGCCGAGCGGUCCAAGGCGCCACGUUAAGGCCGUGGUCUCGUAAGAGGCAGGGGAUUCUUCUCGCAGCCAGUUAUACAUGGGCUAUGGAUGAUUUACAGCAGACAGUAUCGAGCAAAAUAUUUUCGACACUCAUGUAUACAGCCAAUGAAGUGGGAAGAGAGUUUGCAAAUCGUUAUGGGGGAUUAUUUUCAGAAAAAGACUGGAAGUGUCCAAUUUGUUCCAAUAUAAAUUGGGCUAGAAGACCAGAAUGUAAUCAAUGCAAGACACCCAAACCAGGUUUAGAAACCACUAUGGGAUCAAGGGAAGGCCGUGGUGGAGGAUUUAUGGAGCGUGAUGAAGUGGUAGAAUAUAGAAGAUCAAGAGAUGCAGAAAAAGAUGAAGAAUGGGACGAAUUCGGGAGAAAAAGGAAAAAGAAUAGAGAUGGCGGUGUUAAUAAUAAUGGGAGCGACGACACAAAAGGUGAACAUGCAAAAGAGGAAACAAAUGGAAAAAAAGACAAUCAAAAUAAGUCAAAUGAUGAUAGAGAACAGUCUAAAAAGCCAAGUAGCAGAUCUAUUUCUCGCGACCGCAUGAAAAGUCGAUCCAAAUCAAGAGAUCGAAAGAAAUCAGAAAUUGAUAGUCGCUAUUAUAGGUUAAGGUCUAGAUCACGAGAGCGAGAUUUGAAUAAGGAAAGGGGCCGAAGAAAAACACAUCGUAGCAGAUAA